UGCACCAUCUCCAAUGUGGUGUCCAGCUCUGCUGGCAUUAGUGCUGGAGGCCUGGGCCUCUGUGGUUUAAUUCUGACACCCGUUACAGGAGGGCCCAGUCUGGCGCUCUCAGCAACUUCCUUGGGGCUGGGAGUGGCAGCAUCUGUAAACAGUCUUACAACCAUCGUUGUAGAAGAAUUAAACAGACUGUCAGAUGAGUCUGAAGCCAUGCGCCUGGUGGGAGCCAGCAUGGACACUCUGGAUGAGAUUGUGCAGAUCACGCCUAAGAUGAGUGUCAAACUUUAUAAAACACCUGGAGAAGGUUUUGAUGACUUGAGGUCCCUCAGGGAUCAUAUCCACGCUCUCAGGAUAGCCAGAGCCAGCGCUCGCUCUGCCCAAGGUUCUAGGCAGGUGGGAAGGGCUUCAUCCAGCUCUCUUCUCCCAAUGACCAGAGGAGCCAAGAUUACAGCAGUGAGCUUUACCAGUAUCUUCCUUGGGUUGGAUGUGUUUCACCUUGUGAAAGACUCAAUGCAUUUGUAUGAUGUGGCUAAGACAGAGUCAGCUAGAGCACUUCGGAACCUGGCUCACAACCUGGAAGAGAAGUUACAUAAAUUUAAGAAGAUCCACGAGGCUCUAUAGUAAGACCUGCGUCAGUGACCCCACCCCAGGCUCUCCAGGCGGCAUUGGCUCUGCUUGUGUCCUUGCAGUUAGAGCUAGACAUGUCCUAAUCCCUCCACAUGAGUCUGUAGCCCUUUCUGGACAGUUGAAGGGUCUAGAAAUGCUCCGUUCCAUUCCUGGGUCUGGUCAUGAGAUGCCUGUCAGGGUCGGCUUGUGGCCCAGGGGACAUUUACAUGGUCCUGCCUCUUACUGUGUUUCUCUCCAACAAGGGAAAGUCAUGCCGAUGAAAGAGGAAGAAUAAAAGUCAGAAAAGUUU